GCUCAAUAAAUAGGCAUGCACAACUCCAAGCUCUCCACGCAACACAACAGCAGCAAGAGCUAGCUGCUCACCUCUCCUGCAGUGUGCUACAGUAACAAGCUGCUUAAUAAUUAAGCACAAGUCGAUCCUGCACUGAUUAACAAUGCAAGGCCACGCGCCAUCUUCCAAGUUCAUCGUCAUCAGCUCGAUCGCUGUGAUGUUGCUGCUUGGGCAGCUGGCUGGCGUCGCCCACGGUGGUGGGCGCCAGAGGAACCCGCCGUGCAAGGAGAUGACGGUGUACUACCACAACAUCCUCUACGACGGCACCAACACGGCGAACGCGACGGCGGCGUUCGCGACGCAGCCGACGCUGCUGAGCCGGUCGGCGUCCAUCAACGACACCUACUUCGGCGAGAUCGUGGUGUUCGACGACCCGGUGACGGCGGGGCCGGCGCUGGCGUCGGAGCCGGUGGCGCGCGCGCAGGGCUUCUUCUUCUACGACAAGAAGGAGUCCCCCAACGCGUGGUUCGCCUUCUCCCUCGUCUUCAACUCCACGGCGCACAGGGGCACCCUCAACCUCAUGGGCGCCGACCUCAUGGCGGAGAAGACGAGGGACAUCUCCGUCGUCGGCGGCACCGGCGACUUCUUCAUGGCGCGCGGCGUCGCCACGCUGCGCACCGACUCGUACGAGGGCCUCUACUACUUCAGGCUCCAGAUGGACAUCAAGCUCUACGACUGCUACGACGUCUAAGAAUGCAUAUCAAAUAAUAUUGUUUUCACCAAGCACGUACAUCAGUACAUGUGUUGUGUGUUGUGAAGUGUUGUUAAUUUCGCGUCUUGUUGUAAUGCAUGGAUUACUUAUUAUUAUACCUGUGGGCGUUUGGAUUGUGUGUAUCACAUUA